AUGCCGCGACGAUCAGCUUUGUUGAAGAAGGACGUUGGUAAGAAUGAACAGACUAUAACAGACAAGAUUCAAGCUUCAUCUCCAAUUCAUGGGAUCUCCUCUGCUGGAAGCCAUAAAAGCUCACGUCCAAUUCCAGCAAAGAAAAUAACUUGUUCAUCUGGCAAUUCCACUUUAAAACGGGGCAGCCAAAGAAAACAAGAAAAAAACACGAGUAUCAGUUUGGAUCGAAAAUCGUUGCAAGAUCAACUAAAAAAAAAUAAAAAAUUGGAAUGUCCGAAAUGUUCUAUUCUUUUCAAGACAGUUAGUGGAUACAUUUAUCAUCAGCAACGUUGUGGUCAGGAGAAACCUAUCAUUACAUGUACACUAUGUGAUAAAACCUAUACCUCAGAAGCCGGUUUACAGUAUCAUCUGAAGGUUUCUCAUGGCACUGAUAAGUCCUCAACCGGACUAGAAGAUUUAGAAGCAGAAUCUUCUGCUGUUGUUAUAGGAAAUAAAAAGAGAAAGUCUGCUGUAAGGGCCGCGGAAUUAAUAAUUUCAACAGCUAAUGCUGACGACGAUGAAGUGGAAAUUGAAAGUACCCAGCUAGGUGGAAACAAUAAGGAUGUAGCAUUAAAUAAAAACACGAUAAAGACUGCUCGCGUUGCCUUAAAGAAGAAUGGUGCUAUUAAGUGCCUUAAUAAGGUUUCCAAUCCUCGUUCGCUUUAA